AUGAGUGGUAACCCAAGAGUGUUAAAGAAAACUAGCUCCAAUGGGAAAUUUUUCCCUUUCCCUGGGGAAACAGACUUCAUGGAUGAUGUGGACACUGUGGAGCCCACUGAUGGAGUAAUCCUUGUUGACCCUGAAUACUUAAAAGGUCACAGAAUGUUCAUCAGAUUGACAUGUGCUUUUUGCUAUGGUAGUGAUGACUUGGAUGUGACUGGUUUGAUAUUUCAUAAAGAUCUCUAUGUACAGACCAAGCAAGAGGCUCCUACUGAACCCACCAGCACCCAGGGUCCCCUCAUAUCCUUACAGGAAAGGCUUUUGCACUAGCUUGGGGCCAAUGCCUACCCUUUUACACUUCAGAGAGUUGCUAACCUGCCCUGUUCAGUGAUGCUGCAGCCUGGGCCUGAAGAUUCAGGAAAGCCCUGUGGGGUUGACUUUGAAGUGAAGAGCAUCAGUGCCGAAAAUCUGGAAGAGAAAAUCUCUAAGACAUAUUCUUCAUCUGUGCAACUGGUUAUACGCAAAGUGCAGUUUUUACCCCUGGAACCAGGCUCAGAUCUCUGGGCACAGACCAUUCACAGUUUCUUUUUGUCGUCUCAGCCCGUACAACUCCAGGCCUGGAUGGACAGGGAGGUUCACUACCAUGGAGAAGCUGUUUCUGCCUGUGUUUCUAUCAACAACAGGACCAACAAGGUCAUCAAAAGAAUCAAGAUUGCAGUUGUCCAGACCACAGAUGUUGUUCUGUAUUCACUAGACAAGUACACAAAGUCUGUGUUCAUUCAGGAGUUCAUGUGAACAGUAGCAGCUAACUCCAGCUUCUCCCAGACCUUUGAAGUAACCCCACUCCUGGUCCAGAAGUGGGGCCUGGCACUGGAUGGCAAAUUCAAGCAUGAAAACACCAAUCUGCCCUCUAGCACAAUUGCUGUUGGUGUGGAACUGCCCCUCAUCUUGAUCCAUCCAAAGCCAUCUCAUGGUGAGAGAGCAGUGGCUACCAGUUAUGAGGACAUCAUGACUGAGGAGUGCAUGCAACAGAACAGACAGGCACAGAGCUAG